ACCCGUACAAUACAGUAACUCAUGCCCUCGUCACGAGGAAGUGUCACCUUUACGCACAAAAAAGUCCCAACCUGAUUUUCUUUAACUGGUAAAGAAAUUCAAAAAGUACAUUCAAGGGCACAUCAUUGUACAGGGUGAAUAUUUCAUCUGUAAUUGUAAACAAGACUGAAAGUGAACAGGGCACUAAAUUGAAGCAUGCCAGUUUUGGAGCACUAAUAUCCGAUUCUUCGGAUGUGAAAGAUGAAUCAUCAUGAAGGUAGACAGAAAGACGUCUCCGUUUGUCCGUAUUGCUCUCACCGGCCAGUUUCUUGUGAUAUUCAGCAUCUUUCCUCUUCAGCUGGUCACCGCCUUCCCACAGGCUUCCAUAGAGCAGUUCUGUAGAGAUCCGGGUGUCCCCGAGCAUGGAAGCAGAACGCCAAGUUCUGGUGUUUUCUUUGAGAAUGCUGUGGCCAGAUUCUCUUGUUUCGGGGGAUACAGACUAAAAGGAGUAUCAAAGAUCACCUGUGUUUUGUUUCAUAAUGGAUCAAUGGGAUGGAGACCAAGCCUUAAACCAGUGUGCCUUCCUGAAGAAUGUCUUCCUCCAUAUAUUGAGGAUGCUGUUGUAGCUAAUAAGACCUACAGGCCAGGUGAUAACCUUAUUAUCAGAUGUUAUGAGGGAUUUCAAAUCCGUUAUCCUGACACAGAGAGCAUGGAGUCAGUUUGCCAAGAGGAUGGAACGUGGGACAAUCAGCCCAUCUGUCAAGGCUGCCUGCGCCCUUUGAUUCCUCCUCAUAGUUACAUGAACAUCUCAGAGACACAGUUCUCCAUGCCCAUCGGGACAGUAGUACACUACCAAUGUUUUCCAGGAUACAAGUUGGAGGGUGCAGAAUUACUGGAAUGCAUGUAUAGCCUCAUAUGGUCGGAUGUGCCACCCAGGUGCCUUGACGUUGAAGCAUGUCCCUUACCUCCGAUGGUGGAGCAUGGAGAUUACAUAUGCCAUCCACAACCAUGUAACCGCUAUAUUCAUGGGACAGUGGUGGAGUUCUACUGUGAUCCUGGCUAUUCUCUAAUGAAUGACUACAAAUACAUCACCUGUCAAUAUGGGAAGUGGUUUCCUCAAAUGCAUAUCUACUGUGUUCAAGAUGAGACUUCAUGGCCUGGCUUUCAGGAAUCUUUACUGCAUGCAUGGAAACCAGUGGCAUUCACUACCUCAAGUGUGCUGUUAGCCCUGUUUCUAGUCAUCAUAGCAAAGAUGUCUCACUGCAAAUGCAAGAGCAAUCAGAAUUCAAGUGAAGAACAAGAAGAUGCCAGGGGCCCAAACGUCAUAAUAGUGGAUGGUGUCGCCAUUCCUCUACCUUCCUACGAGGAGGCAGUGAGAGGUUCAUGCUACCAGCCUCCACAUGUGCUUCCCUCUUCUGAUCCAGAACCCACACAGAACUCAGUAGAGCACGACCCUCCUUCAUAUCCAGGACCCACAGAAAGUCAGCAUGAUGCUCCAUUGGACACUGGAGAUUCUGAGACAUGUGACAGCAUUUCAGAGCCAUCAGAGUGUCUACAAGCUAUGCAUCCAUCUUCAUCACAUGAUGUUGGGUUGAGCAACGUAUCUGAGAAGACCAAUGCGAUCACGUCCAUGGAGGAAACUGCUUCCACAAGUCCCAGCAUAGAUAUUGCUGAUGAAAUUCCUCUUGUGGAUGGUGGUGAAGAAGACUUCUGAUAACAUACAAUUUUAGAUUUUCUCACUGCUGUAUUUAGAUCAGCACUUUCAAUACUGCAUAUUGGUUUAACAUAGAUAACAUUCAAUACAUUAGCAAGGCAAUAAAGGCAAUAAUAACAUUAUAUGUUUAGUUCCUUUGGCUUGGGCCAUGGGGAAAAACUAUGCAUUUGUAGUUAAACCAGUUUGUUUCAGUAUAAAAUUCACAUUGUUGGUCAAAUACAGCAGUUACCAAAGGAGAGAUCUCAUUUUAAAAUCUAAUUUAAAUCAGUCAACUGUCUGGCUAGACUUCACAAGAUACAUAACAGGAGACCAUGAAGUAUACUGCUUUGAGGUAAAUUAAAAAUCUGUAAAUUCUAUUUCAGAGAUGACAUUGAAUUAAAUAACCUUAUUUCAAAUGUAUUCAAAACAGAUGAUUUCAUUAAUGUUUGCUGCUUACAAGUAAAAAUAUAUAAAAAUUAAACACAAUCUUUCUUAAA